AUGAAUACAUGUAUUUGCCCUCAGGGUUUGGAGCCUGGGGUGGAGCCAGCUGUCACAGUUGAAGAAUUCAUUGAAGAGUUCAUUGGUCAGAUCAAUGAUGCCAAGAUUGAUGGUGCAGUCAUUUCAGUGGAAGACAUCCUAACCAUUAUUGAACUGUCUUCCUGGGAUGGGAGGACAACAACACUGGAUGACUUUACCCUGCCUCCAGUGGUGCCAACAACCCAAGAGCCAACAGUGGCAGUCAGCAUGACACCAGGCCAAACUCCCCAGCCAUCACCAGAGCAGUCUCUCAAUCCAGGCAGUGAAGCACCUCCAGGAAUUGCCAGUUCCAACCCUGGUAGUACUCCAGCACCACACACAUGUGCCUCUGAGGUAGUUCUCUUAGAGGAAAACUGGGAACAAGCUCUCAGCAGCAGCAAUGGUGAAAGUGUGACCAAACUUGUAGCAGUUCCAAUGAGUUCCAGCCUAGAACCAGUGAUUGUGACCAGUGUGGAAGUACGGUUCAUUCUCUAUGUGAUUGAAGAAUGGAUGGCAGGUGACAGGUUCUAUGUGGAGAUCAUGGGUUCCACAACCUAUUUUGAAGACCUGCAACAAACUAAUAGCAGUGGGUCUCUCAAUGUUCUUGGUGGAACUGGCAUCACCUGGGAAAUGGAACCAGUUAGCUUGGGUCACUACCUCAAGUGCUAUUACUCGAGUGAAUAG